CAGCCCCGUUCCCUCUUUCCAUACGAACACCCCACCAACGCAAACAUUCCUUUCUCACUACAAAUACCUCUACUGACCUCCUCUAACACCACAUCAACAAACACAAAAACUCCUUCACACACCUUUCAAAUACACAAAUACACAAACACACACUCCAUCCACAAUGGCUUCCACUGUCCACGUUGAGAACAUCAGCACGAAGACGUCUGAGGACGAGAUCAAGUCCUUCUUCAGCUUCUGUGGAAAGAUCCAGGACAUCUCCGUCAAGUCGACUGGUAAUGACACGCAGUCUGCAUCCGUCACUUUUGAGAAGGCAGCUGCCGCUAAGACCGCACUCCUCCUUGACAGCACACAGCUAGGCCCCAACUCGGUCCACGUCAAGUCCGCACAGUCUGGCGGCGAGUCUACCACCGACAAGUCAGCCGUCGACGACUCCCAUGAGGCUGAUCACAUCUCGCAAGAGCAGAAGCCUCGCGCUCGUAUUGUUGCCGAGUACCUUGCUCACGGCUACGCCAUCUCCGACAAGGCCAUCGAGAGCGCCCUUGCUGCCGACAAGCAGCACGGCUACAGCAACAAGUUCCUUCAGACUCUCCAGAACCUCGACUCCAAGACACAGGCUUCGCAGAAGGCGCAGGUCGUCGACCAGAAGCUUGGUCUCUCCAAUAAGGCACUGGGUGCAUGGGCUGGCCUGACCAGUUACUUCGACAAGGCUCAGGGCACACCUACCGGCCAGAAGCUGAGGGCCUUCUACGACCAGGGCAACAAGACUGUCAUGGAUGUCCACAACGAGGCCCGCCACCUGGCCGACCUCAAGAAGGGUCAGAGCGGCAGCGGCAGCAAGCCCACCAAGGAGGAGGCUGAUGUUCACGGUGUUGGCGACGACAAGACACAGUGCAACUGCGGUUCCCAAGCUGGCAAGUGCCCAUGCCCUGAGGGCCAGUGUGCAUGCUCCGGAUGCGCAAAGGCUGAGGAUGGCGGCAAGCCCAGCGUAGAGGAGGCCAACGUCCACGAGGUCGGUAACGGCAAGACUCAGUGCAACUGUGGCUCCGUGUCUGGCAAGUGCCCCUGCCCCGAGGGCAAGUGCGCUUGCUCAGGUUGCGCGAAGGACACCACUAAGAACGAGAAGGGUGGUCACGCCGGCGACGCCAGCUACGCUGCUGUUGCCGACCCCAAGCAGUAGAUUCAUAUCGGGCUUUGAG